CUUCCAUUACGCCAUUCCCCUCUUUUCUCCCUCUUUUCCCCUCUCUCUCUCUCUCUCUCUCUCAAAUCCCUCAUUUGCCCAACUCACCUCUGAUGGACCCACCACCACCUCCUCAACCUCCACCGGCUCCAUCUCUCUCAGCUGCUGCAACCACCACCGCCACAGCCACCGCCGCCGCUGCGACCACCACCUUACCCUCUCACCUCACCCCCACCAACUCCACACCCGCCACCUACCCAGACUCCAUCGAUUCCUCUCCUCGCUCUCGCACCACUGAUUCUUACUUGGAUGACCCGCCUCCUCUGUCCUCCAAGCUCCGCCUUAUGUGCUCCUAUGGUGGCCAUAUCGUUCCUCGCCCGCAUGACAAGUCCUUGUGCUAUGUCGGCGGCGAUACUCGUAUUGUCGUUGUUGACCGCCACACGACUCUCUCUUCUCUCUCAACACGUCUUUCAAAUACUCUGCUUAAUGGCCGCCCUUUUACUCUCAAGUAUCAGCUUCCGAGCGAAGACUUGGAUUCUCUUAUUUCUGUCACUACUGAUGAGGAUUUAGAUAAUAUGAUCGAUGAGUAUGACCGUACUAAUAGUAACGCUGCUAAUGCUGCGAAACCCUCGCGACUGCGUUUGUUUCUGUUUCCGUUGAAGCCGGAUUCUUCACAGUCAAUUGGACCGAUUCUGGAAAGCAGUGCUAAAUCUGAAGACUGGUUCUUAAAUGCGUUGAAUGGAGCUACUGGUUUGUUGAAUAGAGGGUUUUCUGAUUCUGCUUCGGUCAAUUGCUUGUUGGGUCUGGAUGAUGAUGGUCUAAAUGGGAAUAAUAAUCUCGAUUUAGUUGGUGGUGGCGGUAGAGAUGUGGAGGGGUCGCAGAAAAAUGCCAAGCAAGGUCAAGAUGUCCAUUCCGUACCGGAUUCUCCGAUGUUGGAGACGUCGUCUUCUUUUGGGUCUACUUCUUCUUCACCUUCACUUGCGAAUUUGCCUCCCAUAAGAGUUCAUGUGGAGGAUGGUGGUGGGGUUAGAGGGGUUAUGCAGGAUCAGAAAGUGGUGGGUAUCGAGGAACAGUUUGCACAAAUUAAUGUUGGUGGUGGGGGUAGUGGUGUUGUUGGGCAAAAGCAAGAUGAGGGUUUUGUGGUUAUGUCAUCGCCGCCUCCGAUGCCAAUUUCUAUUGCUAUAUCGGGUGUGCCGGUGGGCCCUCCGGUAGUAGUUGGUGAUUACCAGAAUCGGGUUUUCUCUGAUGAUGAGAGAUCGGACCAUGGCGUUCCAGUUGGUUAUAGAAAGCCACGGCCACCUCAAACACAGCCGCAUACACUGGUUCCUCAGACACAACAGAAGUCCAGUGGGGGUGGUAGUAGCGGCGGCGCCGUUGAUUUGGCUUCUCCAGAUUCAGUUUCAAGCGACAGUAGCCUUAGCAAUGCUAUAAAUCGUCAAAAACCCAUGAUUUAUCAAGAUCAGGCUAUGCAAAUCCCAUCUGGAAUCAGCAGGGUUUCUGCUAACCCUGUUGAUUCAAAGAUCAAUGUUUCUGAUCCAAAUCCAAAUCCAAAUCCAAAUCCUCGGAUUCAGGUUCCACAACAGGUUCAGGAUUCUGGGUAUGUAUUGCAGCCCCAAUUCGAACAACAGCAGCAACAACAGCAACAGCAACCACAACAAUUCAUACACGCUGGUGCUCAUUACAUUCAACACACAGGGGCAGUGCCAAUUUCUGCAUAUUACCCUGUAUACCCACCACCCCAGCAACAACACCAUCACCAACAUCAUCACCAACUUGAUCAGCAAUAUCCAGUGUAUUAUGUCCAGGCAAGGCAACCUCAGGCUUAUAAUAUGCCUGUCCAGCAAUCUAGUAUUAGUGAACCCACACCUACUGCUCCUACCCGUCCCCAAACACCUCCCAAUCCAGCAGCCUAUAAUCCAAUGAGAAAUGCUCCUAUGGCUAAACCUGAAAUGGCGACUGCAGGCAUGUACAGAACAACAAAUACUGGCACACCGCAAUUAGUUCAGGUUCCUUCUAGCCAGCAUCAGCAACAAUAUGUAGGUUAUUCUCAAGUUCAUCAUCCAUCACAAUCAGUUGCUCCUAGUUCUGCUGGCCCUGCUAAUUAUACUUAUGAGUUUGCCGAUCCUGCUCAUGCUCAGAUAUAUUAUACUCAACCUCUUGCACCCACAAUGCCUUCUCAUUACCAAACUAUGACUGCAAUGUUACCAGAAAAUUCAAGUCAGCUCCCAACUGAUAAUAUGAAGCAGCAGAUUAGAACUUUCGCAGCCAAUAUAAGUUCAUUAGUAAAGGAGAAGAAACAAUUUUGAAGGGGUGUGGUUUUAAUCUUUACAUUUUUCUGUUUAGUAACUGUCUUUUCUAUUGGUAUUGGUUUGUGGCUAUGUAUUUGUGGGUAGAUAAUAAGGAACUUUGCUCUUCUUUACUCUUUUUUCUUGUAUGUCAUAUUGUUUUACUGUCAUAGGAAAUGAAAGCAGUCUGGGAUUUUUAUACUGUAAAAGCUAAAACUUCAUAUAUUUGUGUGCUGUGCAGUUCAUAUAUCAGUUACUGAAUAAAUGUUUAUAUUAGUGGUAAUUAAGAGCUUUCAAUCA